GUGACAUUUUUAGAUAGCGUAUUGACCAGGGUGCAUUGAAGUGACUGUUUGAUGUGCUUCCUUAGAGAGCGGAAUACAAAGUUACGGUGACUUCUGUGUGGUGCCGAACAAAGGAGGUUGUUCCCCUCCUGACGGCAGUUACCUCAUCUUCACCAAAAAGGAAGGCAAUGCUUGUAAUGCAACCGAUCAGAUUUUUAUUCUCGACCAGGAUGGAGUUAUUUAUCACAAGUGCAGCAAGAAAAAAGUUUGUCCACAGGGUAACAAUUUUCUUGUUUUACUUUGUACCCUAAGUGUUGUUGUUUCUGGAAUUAUUUAUGAAUUGUAUCUGAAUUCUUAUUGACUAUUUUCGUAGUCAGUUGUCCUCGUUUUUGUUUUUGUUUCUGUUUUUUACGAGCUACGAUCAUCGGCAAAAUUUUAGAGUGAUGCUCUUACAUUUCUCAGUUAACUCCAACAUCCCUCAGGUGUUACUCCCCUUCCAGGCUUGACCCAUUAAAAUUCUCCUUUCUCGGGGAUAGAUCACUUUGCACGUGUACCAACAUUUCUAGGGAGAGAAGAUGUUAAAAUUGCAAGUGAGAAAAACAUCGUUCGUCUCGAUUUACACUUCUUGUAGAAAUUGAACCCAGAUUCGUAAGUUCGUCAUGCACAAUCCGUUUUUUGAGACUCGAACUUUGUUUGUCUGUUUUUGUCCCUCUUAUUUUUCGUAGACAAUAACACUACCAAGGGAAAGAAACUUAUUUUAAAAGAUGAAUGCCAUCUAAAUAUUUCAAGGCAUGUCAGGUGUGUUGUAAAUGUAAAAGCUGCAACAUAAUGACAUGUUUUUUGCCUCAUAUUUUAACCUAGUUUAUACUAUUCCUCUCGUGGUAAUUCAGAAUGACAAUUUAUGCCUUACAUUUUAACCUUAUUUAUACUAUUACUUUCGUGCUAAUUCUUUCUCCUUCGCUUUGAGUCAUCUGCUUUCCAAUAUUUAUCAGGAAGUUGCACGUUUCUCUUUACAAACCUAAAUAGCAUUCCAUGCAUUUUCAUACCGACAACAUCCAAUUCUUUAAAGGGUCUUUCGCUGCACAAGGAAAAACACAUUUGAGUUCCUGACUUCUUUUGUGUGGUUAAAAUCUCGGAAAAUGACGUGAUGAAAUCGUCAAAUUAGUUUGAGUUAUUCAUAUUCCAGUUAAAGUACGUCCCUUUUCGUGGAGAAUAAUGGUUUUCCCAUACCUUGAGUUUUGGUCACUUUAGGUUGCCGACACAGAAUAACCUGAAGAAUUUGAAGAACAAUUACUGUGUUCAUCCAGACGGUGGACGGCCUGGGGAGGGAGUACAGUUGGUGUACUGGCCAGGGUGUGGCGAAGAACGAUUGAAGCUCAACUUCUUUGAGCUUGGUAAGACAAAUUUCAGGGACCCCUGA